GUCCACUGAAAUUACUGCUGUAAGGCCUGAUGAAAUAUGGGAUGUUCCUUCAGAAGUAAUUCCUGAAACCUUGGAAGCGUUAAAUCCUAUAGACAUGGAAUCUGUGGAUGAAGGAGAUUUUGAAUCACUGCCUAAGAAAGAGCUACAAGCGAGAAUUACUCACGUUGUGUCUCCUAGUAAAAUUUUUAUACAGUGGCUGUCAUCAGAAAGUAUACUGAAAAGUUUGCAGGAGAAGAUGGCUACCUUCUACAAAGAAUCCCAGCCACAGUCCGUGAAGUGGGAAAGGAGUAUGCACUGUGCUGUUUAUGUACAUGAUUUGAAACAGUGGCAAAGAGGUCAAAUAAGCAGGAUUGUCUCUAAAACGAGUGCAGAGGUAAUACUUUAUGAUUAUGGAGCUGAAAAAACAGUGGAUAUCAGCUGUCUAAGAAAACUUGAGGAAAAUAUGAAGAUAAUCAGUACAUUAGCAAUAGAAUGUUCCUUGGCAGAUGUAAGACCAACAGGUGGAAGCACACAGUGGACAGCAACGGUGUGUGAAUGUUUAUCCUAUUACCUAACCGGAGCACAAGUAAAAAUAAUCAUAGAGGAAAGUGACGUGGGUUGUGCAUUGCCUGUGAAGAUUCUUUGCAAUGAUGAAACAGGACAAUUGAUUGAUAUUUCAGAACACCUUAUUAAAAAGGGUUUGGCUUUUAGAAACAGAAGAACUGAUGAAGCUGGUGUGGCUUGCUCAGACCCCAAGGAACAUCUUCAAGUGCAUUUAGAGCAAGAGAACAGACGACUGGAUGACUGUAAUUCAGAAACUGUAUGUGGAAAAACCAGCACUGCUCCAGAGGAAAACAUCACUGCUUCAGAGAGUGAACAAAAAUCAUGCAAAACAUACGAGGCACCGCUUCAUUCAGAAAUGGAUGAAAUAUAUAAAUCUCCCAUUAUACCUAAAGUGAAAAUUUUUCAAGCUGUAGUAAGUUGCGUUGGACAUGAUGGAACUAUUUAUAUAAUACCAAAAUCAUUUGAAAUUGGGCUAAACAAAUUGAUGACUGAAAUACAAAAUAACUUCAAAUGCCUUGGUCUUCUGCAACCCUACUGCUGGAGAAAGGGAGAAGCUUGUGUUGUAAGAGGAUCAGAUACCAUGUGGUAUCGAGGUAAAGUUGUAGAACUCAGUGGUAGCGCUGUCCAGGUACAGUACAUAGACCAUGGUUACACAGAGAAGAUUCCUCCGUGUCACCUAUAUCCAACAACAUUGUAUACUGAUAUUCCACCAUUUUGCAUACCAUGUCAGCUCUACAAGACAGUACCAGUUGGAAAUUUUUGGCAGAAGGAUGCAUUAGAUUGCCUUCAAGAACUACUUACAGAUAAAGAGGUUGAAGUACAUGUUCAGGAAUUACCAGAUAACCCAUGGGGCAAAUUGUCCAUCGACCUGUAUUUUGGUGGAAUGUCACUUUCUUCCUUCAUGACGUACCAGAAGUACUGUGUUGCUGAAGAUUGCCAGAGCCUGCCAAAGCUGGAGCUACUUGAAGGAAAUGUCCAUGUUGCGUCUUCAUACACUUUGCCACCGCUACCUGUUCCAGGAGAUACCUUUUCUGUCAGAGUUACCCAUUUGGUGUCCCCGAAGGAGGUAUAUAUUUGCCUUGAUCCUUCGAAGAACCUUAUGAAGCAGCCUAUCGUAGAGGGAGAUGCCACCUGUGACUCGGCGUUGAAGAACCUUGAUGAAGCCCUGAAAUGGUGCAAUAAAAGUGUGAAGUCCCUUCCUCUUCUGACACACUUCCAAACAGAAAUGCCUUGCCUUGUAGAAUACCAGGAUGGUUUAUGGUAUAGAGCAAAGCUUCUUUCCGUUGAAGAAUUUGACCCCUUUAAGAUCCUGGUUCAGUUUGUUGACUAUGGUAAUUUUUCAGUUGUCCCAACAAGCAGAUUGCGUCAAAUACCUUAUCAUCUGCUGAAGUAUCCUGUUCAGGCAGUACGAGCUCUGUUGGCUGGAUUUAAACCUGCUUUAUAUGAAGAAAACGUGAAAAGAGUUCCUUAUUCCCCAGAAUGGAGUGUGGAAGCAUUGUGGGCUAUGAUGGAGUGCGUUGAAGGAAAACAGCUCUCGGCUUCCAUGCUUGCUCUUUCGCCAGAGGUCACCAUUUCUUUGUAUGAAGAUGACAAAAAUCUAGUUCAUAUGAAACUGAUAGAAAUGGGACUUGCAGAUUUGGAUGAGUGA